AACUUAAUGAAUGAAGGUCGGUCCAAGUAUUUAAUGCCCCUUCCUUCCCAACAACUACCCAAACCCUCCCAUUUAAUUCCCUUCCCCUCCCCAUACCAACGAACUAAUUAGCAGUAGUGGUCUCCAUCAGAUCGCCAUCCAGCCAUCCGCCUUCCCUUCCCUCUUAUCUCCCCAACUGAUCAUUUUCAUACUGCUCAGGGAAAGAAGAAGAAACAGAGCAAAGCCACAGUUUUGGGAAGCUGAAAGCAAACAUAACAUUCCUACUUGGCGUCACCCGGUCUCCAUCGUCAAACCCAAAAAGAGGCUUAGCCAAAGGCACCAUCCAUAUGAAACAUUGAGGAGAGGAAGACACGCUUACUUCAUUCAAACCUAAUUUAGUUACUGGUUCCUCAUAUGAACCGCCUUCUCCCCCACCCAACCACUCAUUAACACGCCAAUCCCAUUUCUCUCAUCUUUCUCUUCUUUCUGGUAUAUAAGUAGUCGUAAUUCCUCCCUAAGAUAUGAGGAACUCAUCCUCUGAUCCCUCUGCAACGGCGGCGGCGGCGACGGUGAUGAUGGAGAUAGAGGCGAGCAAACCGGCGGGGAACGGGAUGGUGGUCGGCGGGCUGAGCCCCCUGAGCGAGACGCUGUGGCGGGAACGGACCAACACGGAGUUCGUCGGCGACGUCUCGGCCAGGCUGACGUGGAAGGAUCUGACGGUGAUGGUCACCCUUGGCAACGGCGAGACUCAGAAUGUCCUCGAAGGACUCACCGGCUAUGCGGAGCCUGGCAGCCUCACCGCGCUGAUGGGUCCCUCUGGCUCCGGCAAAUCCACUCUGCUCGAUGCUCUGUCUAGCCGCCUGGCGGCGAACGCUUUUCUCUCCGGCUCCAUCCUUCUCAACGGCCGCAAAACCAAGCUCUCUUUCGGAACCGCCGCGUAUGUGACGCAAGACGACAACCUGAUUGGGACGCUGACGGUGAGGGAGACGAUAUCUUACUCGGCCAGGCUGCGCCUGCCGGACAAGAUGCCGUGGUCGGAGAAAAGGGCGCUGAUUGAGAGCACCAUUGUGGAGAUGGGCUUGCAGGACUGUGCUGAUACGGUGAUUGGGAACUGGCAUCUCCGGGGGAUCAGCGGCGGCGAGAAGCGUCGAGUCAGCAUUGCCCUCGAAAUCCUGAUGCGACCCAGAUUGCUCUUCCUCGACGAACCCACCAGCGGGCUUGACAGUGCUUCGGCGUUCUUUGUGACGCAGACGCUGCGUGGACUGUCGAGGGACGGGAGAACUGUGAUUGCAUCCAUCCACCAGCCGAGCAGUGAAGUUUUUGAGCUCUUUGAUCGACUUUACCUUCUCUCUGGUGGCAAAACGGUGUAUUUCGGCCAGGCUUCAGAUGCCUACGAGUUCUUUGCGCAAGCCGGAUUCCCCUGCCCUGCUUUGAGAAACCCAUCUGAUCAUUUCCUCCGAUGCGUCAAUGCCGACUUCGACAAAGUGAAGGCCACUCUCAAAGGAUCCAUGAAACUGCGGUUUGAUGCAUCGGAGGAUCCUCUGGAUAAGAUCACCACAGCUGAAGCGAUCCGUACUUUGGUUGAUUACUACCGAACUUCUCAGUAUUGUUAUGCUGCAAGGCAGAAGGUGGAUGAGAUCUCCAAAGUCGUAAGUGCUCUCUGUUCCUGAUGAAUAUAGUGGAACGACCGUCAAUUACGAUAUUUCGAUUGAAUUUCGUUUUCUGGUGUGUGCAGAAAGGGACGGUGCUUGAUGCAGGAGGGAGCCAGGCUAGUUUCCCGAUGCAGGCUUUCACUCUGACCAAGCGCUCCUUCGUCAACAUGUCAAGGGAUUUCGGUUACUACUGGCUCAGGCUCGUCAUCUACAUCGUGGUCACCAUUUGCAUCGGAACCAUAUACUUCAAUGUCGGCACUAGCUACAACUCAAUCCUGGCAAGAGGCUCCUGUGCUUCAUUCGUCUUCGGUUUCGUCACGUUCAUGUCCAUUGGAGGCUUCCCAUCUUUCGUGGAAGACAUGAAGGUUUUCCAAAGAGAGAGGCUGAAUGGCCACUACGGAGUGACAGCAUUUGUGAUCAGCAACACACUCUCGGCGAUGCCGUUCCUCAUCACCAUCACCUUCCUCUCCGGAACAAUCUGCUACUUCAUGGUCAGGCUCCACCCGGGUUUCACCCAUUACCUCUUCUUCGUGCUCUGCCUCUACGCAAGUGUCACGGUUGUUGAGAGCUUGAUGAUGGCCAUCGCCAGUAUUGUCCCCAACUUCCUCAUGGGUAUCAUCAUUGGAGCUGGAAUUCAGGGCAUCUUCAUGUUGGUCUCGGGCUACUUCAGGCUGCCAAAUGACAUUCCGAAGCCCGUCUGGCGUUACCCCAUGUCAUACAUCAGCUUCCACUUCUGGGCUCUUCAGGGGCAAUACCAGAAUGACCUGAACGGGCUGCUGUUCAACAACCAAAGCCCGGAUCUCCCCAAGAUCCCAGGGGAGUACAUCCUGGAGAACAUCUUCCAGAUCAACAUCCGCAGGUCCAAGUGGAUUGACCUCAGCGUGAUUUUCAGCAUGAUAGUGAUCUACCGCAUCAUCUUCUUCGUCAUGAUCAAGAUCAGCGAGGAUGUGACACCCUGGAUCAGAGGCUACAUGGCCAGGAGAAGAAUGCAGAUUAAGAAUGGAACCCAGAACACCACGAUCGCGCCCGACGGUCUUACCCAGUCGCCUUCUCUCAGGAACUUCGUCGCCAGUCGAGCCACUGGUAAUGGCAAGAGAUGAUUGAAGAUCAGAAGAGAAGAGAAUGCUGGUGGCGGCAAUCCAUCGCCAGAGACGGAGGAACUCGUUUCCCAAAUGGGUGUAGUUAAGUGAUGAUAUGUGAAGGGUUGUAAAACUUGACAGAUAGAGAUUUUAUUUUCCACGUUGCAACUAAAACAGCUUCUGUUUAAUAUUUUGUUCAAUAUGGUUGCUGCCAUUAGAGUUCCCCUGACAGAGUUAACCUUCGUUAUCAUGGUAAUUAUUCUAUUUCCAGCUCAUUGCUUGCUGUAAUUACUGUACCCGCUCUUCUCUUGUCGAGGGUUCUCUCGAAAGUUCAAAUGGAUGGAAAUAAGAUGUACUUCAUAUUUAGAAAU